AUGUCCCCAAGUUACCCGAUUCACAUUGAAAACCUCCGUAGUCAUGUAGGCGACGCAAGUGGCAUAUAUAAUACAACACCAAAGAGGGCCAGCUGUAGCGUCCAUUUGUAUACCUUGCUGGAGCCUUUCAUGGUAGCCGGCUCUUCCUUGCAUCUGGUGUCUCCUCAGCACUCUACGGGCUUGGCUUCAUCUAGCAACUAG